AUGUGGUUAGUUAGCCAGCCUAAUUCUGUGAUUUUGGAAGUUAAGGUGGACAACAACGCCAUUGGACAGCAAUUAUUGGAAAGGGUAUGCGAGAAACUGGAAAUUGGCGCAGAAGCUGAUUAUUUCGGCCUAAGCGUCUGCUCAGGAUCAGGGCCCGGAAGAUGGUUAAAUCUUCGGAAUCCUCUCGAUCCACACCGCAUCCCUGGGGGACGACUUGACUUGCGAGUCAAGUUCUGGGUGCCGCCACACCUUUUGAUAAACGAACAGACGCGACACAUCUUCUAUCUACAGGCUAAGUUAGACCUCAUAGAGGGCAGAUUGGUCGUGGCCGACCAGGAAGUUGCCAGGCGGCUGAUCGCUUACAUUGCUCAAGCUGAGACAGGAGACUGUGACCCCGAUAUGCCUCCACAUGUUUACGAGAAGUGCGACAAAAUUGGACCGCAGGGUGAAAAGGCCGAAGAUCACGUGGAAAAGAUUAUAGAUUAUCAUUGCGAGAUAGCUGGAAUGAGAGCGUCCCAAGCCGAAUACAGACUUCUCAAAGAAAUAUCAAAAUUGGAAUCCUUCGGAGAGGAGUUGUUCUUCUGCAAACCAGUCACGCAGAGUAACAAUGCGCAUAACCUGUACUGUCAUCUACUAUACCAUAAGCAACAGACAGAGCAGCCGAGGGCGAGGGAUGAGCAAGAGAUUGAUGGGGGAGCGACUGUGGGGUGCUUGACGUCUGGGCAGAGCGGCGGCGGAUGCGGGUGCCGGCUGAGCACGUGCGUAGGGGUCGGACCCCAUGGCAUCGUUGUCUACAGGCCGGCUUGUAAUGGAGAUCAAGAUAUUGGAGUCGAAAAGCAGAGCAUCCCAUACACGGCGAUUCACCGCGCUCAGCCACUCAGGCGCAUCUUCCAGCUAUCAUACGUGACGGACGAGGGCAACGAAGCAACUUUUCACGUGAAAAUGACGACGUCGGGACAGGCGGCUGCGCUGUACCGCGCCGUUACUGAGAAACACGCCUUCUUCUGCUGCGAAACUGUCCGAAGCGACGUCACUGAGCAGUUCAUAAGAGAUUUAAAGGGCACAAUAGCGUCGAUAUUCAACGACUCCACCACCCUAGGCCGGCGGUACGUGUUCGACAUCCGACGCACGUGUCGCGAAGUCCACGACAGAGCCAGACGAGAAGCUCACUCCAGGGUUGAGCACGAGCCACGCACCAGGAGACGCUCAGCCAGCGGGACUGGAGACACGGAGUCCCGCUCGCGUUCGCGAAGUGGUUCUGGGCUGGCCUGUCGCGUCUGUAUGGACUCGGCUAUCGACACGCUGUUUCUGCCUUGCAGACAUGUCGUUUGCUGCGAAAGUUGCGCUCCCAGAUGUAAUCGUUGUCCACUCUGCCGUGGCGAAAUAGAAAAGCUGAUGCACAUCUUUCUUCCAGUGGAAUAUCAGAAGAGUACCGGAGUGAUCAUUAAAUGA